GGAGCGACAGAAGACAGCCAACAUUUAUCUUUGCAAGAAAGCGAAGAGUGCGGUGGAAAUGUGACUUUUGUUUUCUCCUCACCUCCGUGCGGCACAACUCUAGCGGCGACGGCUUUUAGUUUUUUUGGAGUCGGGACGAGAGCACCAACACCUUCGGCGCCUUGGAAGAAAGUGUCGCUGUGUCAACCAUCGUUUGGCUCCCGGGCACGCUUUGUAACAACGAGCAACUUGGACAGCUGCGUGUUUUCCAUACAGCUAUCGACAAAGAAUGAAAGCAGUCAAAAGAGCUCUCACAGAGGAUACUUGCCCGGAGCGUGAGGAGCACACCUCAGCGGACAGCGAUGAUGGCUCCCCGCUCGACCUGUCAGGAAGGGGGCUCUCUGGGAAGCGCCGUCGCCGUGGUAACCUGCCCAAGGAGGCGGUGCAGAUUCUCAAGAGCUGGCUGUACGAGCACCGCUUCAACGCCUACCCUUCAGAGCAGGAGAAACAAAGUCUGUCGAGCCAAACCAGCCUCACGGUGCUGCAGAUCUGUAACUGGUUCAUCAACGCACGUCGCCGCCUGCUCCCUGACCUGCUUCGCAAGGAUGGCAAAGAUCCCACCAAGUUCACCAUCUCUCGCAAGGUUGUAGGUAGAAAUGAGGGCCACUCCUCUCCCAACCCAUUGCCGGAGCGCCCAUCUGUCAUUCAUUCUGCCCCUGUUUUCGACCUCGGUGUUCUCGGAAGCACAGCAACAGCUAUUCUGACAGGAGCAGGUUACCCUGGUAAGGAAGUGUCAGUCCAGGCACUGAUGAAGCUGGAUGCACAAAGUCUGCUGAUGAAAGUGAAAGAACAGGGGCCUUAUUUGGCAAGUCUUGCCAGCAGAAAUACAGCAGCUAGCACCACCAAUGGCCUCUUCAACACACCUCCACCAACUCCUCCAGAUCAAUGCGCUCCCCCGGACUUUAGUGCUUUGCGCCUCCUCGCAGAUGUAGCUGCGCAGAAAGCUAUAGAGCUGGAAAACGAAAUGAAGCUGAAGAGCCAGAAUAAACCCACAGAGACUGAACAAGCAGAGUCACAGAGCAGCACUUGUAACCGAGAGAUAGGCCUCACACCUCCUCCAGAAGACAACCAACAAGUCUUGGAUCCUUCCAGGGUGCAGCAUCUAAUGGAGACAGCUAUGACCGUUCCAGCAUCAGAUGUGCCUUCGGGAAAGGAUUCGGUGCCUGCGAGCACAGAAGCAUCUCUUCCAGUCCCAGCUCCAGUCUUUUUCUCAGCUCCAGGGAUAUCACCGCUUCAUAUGAAUAAAGUCAUCGUUUGCCACAUAGAGCAGGAUCCGCCUCAACUUCUUACAGCCCAUCUGCCAACCAUGAUGCCAGUACCUGCCUUAGUCUUAAAACAGCAAGAUCCUCACAAACCAGUAGCUGCUCCAGCCUCACCAGCUUUAGCCUUCAGCUCAGUUGCAACUCCGUUGUCCACUACAUGUCCUGCAAGUGUGCCGGGCUCAGUGCCAUCCCCAGUCCUUCUGCCAGUCACAAAUGUAUCUUCCGUCUCUGCAAAUCAGGAGUUAUCCACAAAUGUAGCUGUUGUUCCACCCACCAGAGGAAUACCACUUCAGCUGCCAUGUCCCAGGUCCCCCUCAACUCCAGUUGCAGUAGCAUGCCCACUGCCAUCUUCAGCUGUCAUGUCUUCUGAAGCCCCAGUUACAAGCCCAGCAUCAGCCUCUGCCCAGGUUUCAGCCGCUGCCUCAGUUUCGCCCCAGUCCGCAUCCAUCACACCUCCUCUUGGCCUCAGUUCCCAGCACACCGCCUCCCAGCAGCCCAUGUCCCCGAGCAGUACCAGCACAAGUAGCAGUAGUUCACAGAGGAAUUCAGCUUCUGUGCCCCGUGUUUGGAGCAUGGUCACCAGGCAAAGCCGCUCCCUGGGGAAAACCCCCAUUAGUGCCGUGUGGGGCCCACUGCACCCAGUGAGUGAAACUGUCAACUAGGAGCUCUUUUAAAAAAAUAUAUAUAGUUGUGUAGACCAAACACUAAUUUUAGUAUGGACAACACUAUAUUGGAGAAUGUAUUAUUAUUAUUAUUUUUUUU